GUAUUAUAAAAGCGUUUCACAAUGUCCUGCGCAGCACGAGUGACCGUUCAACGAUGACUUUGGAAAGAUUCACCGCUCUUGCUAUUAUUCUAGCGACGGUUGGAUUCAGUGCCUUACCGUGUCUGCUCGGUGAAGUACUGCAACACACUCACCUGGUAGUGGCGCUGACCGAUAAAUGCAAAAUACACGACAAACAGAUCUUCUCACCCUGUGUCGGAAACGAAACGUACGUAUGCUGUGGUGUUGUGUGUGAGAAAACGUGCGACAACCCGAUGCCCAUCUGUCCCAUGAGAGUGACCUGUCCGUGGCGUUGCUUCUGCCACGAAGGUUUGGUGCGCCACGAAAAGAGCUGCAUCUUACCGUCCGAGUGUCCAACGCCAUCACUAUCCCAGCCGUAAUGAUGGAUCGAAGAUUCCGAAUUUUGCAACUAGGUCGAAUACUGAAGAACGAAUAUGAAGCACAUUGUGUGUUUCUGGUAUGCG